UUGUGUAUCGCAUGUUUCCCGUGUGCGGAAUCGUUACAUCGACACAGUUUGGGAUUCCACUGUUACACACGGUGUGGUGUUACAGGCAUCGAUGUUUACCGCAGUAAGUUCAUUGGAUAGCUUCCUGCGCCAUAUCCGCCGGGGCAGGUUUUGGUUGUGUGUGGGGACUAUGUGCGUGGCUAGACAGACGUUGCCGCAAGCAAACGUCAACCAUGUGGGUUAUGGGACUAUUUCACAGGUGCCCGCGUCCAACACGAUUGAACCCGUAGUGGUGAGCGGUGUCAAGGUACGUGGCCUGUGGUCCAGCCACCCGACGUCUUGUCUCUCAGAAGGUCUCUCGUACCAGCAGUUCUUCCGUACAAGAUAAUAUACGUCUCAUGGUGCCCUAAAGCAUCUUUGCCUGUCCUGGCUCAGUCCCGGCACGAGUUGUCCACGGCUUUACACUGGCUCUCACCGUGAUAGGCAGCAGUCCGGAGCGUGUGUACCACCGUGGUGAGGAGUGUGGCGGAGGAGCCAGGUGAGGUGCGGAGCGUCGGAGCGUCCUGCGCGUAUGCAGCGGGGAUGGAACCAGACGCAACAGUGCGCCAAUAGCAGCAACAGGACCAAAGUGGGUUUGAAAUUUUGCGGUUGCGAAGUGUGUGACUAGAUGUGCAAACUCAGCUUGAGCUUGGUCGAACACAAAAAUCCAUCAGUUCCCUUUGAAUCAUAUUCAGCGUGCGUUAAUGAUAAUGUCGCUGGAUGCUGAAUGGCAGCAUUCCUUGGUUUCGCCCGAAGUGCCAUGCGGUGGUGUGGCACAUUGGAUCGGAGACACGAGGUCGACACGAAAUGCUGGGGAAGAAAGUGUUGUUAUUGCGGAUGACCUCCCGCAGCUGGACGCCUGUGGCGCAUGUGUCGUUCUCUCACCUACCACCCGGGAAGGCGUGUGUCAAAUGACGGAGGCGAAGGACGCUGGUCGCCACCAAGAAGCGUCUGUGGUGCAGGCCCACGUCGUAGCCGCUGUCGAAGGGGAUCUGGAAUCUGUUGUAGUUGGGGCCGACGAGCGCUUCAUCACCAUGAGGGAUACGGGAUACUCUCUUUAAUUUGCUCGCCUAUUGAAAUUGCCGCGGUAGUGAUCAAUUCGAUUUUGAACAGUAAUACGUUAAAAAUCGCUUCCAGGCCGUUACAGUAGACAGCUCUGAUACUGUGGGGAAGGGUCAUGCAAUGCCUACAGUCUAAUAUGAGUAGAUGAGCAUCCAGACGCGGAGAGCGCCUCAGCCUUUACGACUGACCAAAUACC